AUGUGCGAGCCUCACUUAGCCGGGGAAUGGAGAGACUCGCCCUCAAAGGCACCCGCACAUAAAGAGCAACUCAACACUUCCUCCACGACAAGAAUGGCUGCCGAGCAGGCGGCAAUUAUCCCAACGGAUUCUGCGAGCUCUCUGAUCUCUCCCAUCUCGCCACUAAGCUCGCCGCUAUCCGCCUCGUGUCACGCGUUCCAACCCACUCGAGCUCAACCCAUGGACAUGCUUGCGUCUCAACUCCGAAAACAAUCAUUGGAGCAGUAUCACUCUGGGCCGAACACCGGAUUCUCUCAACCCCCAGUCGCCGCCCUAUCCCCGACUUCAUUACCGGAUGAUGAUUUUGUGAACGUCCAGUCGGCCAUUCGUCAGCGUGGCUCAGUAUCAAUGGACAUUGAUGUCGAAGAUGCUUCGGUGGCCACCACAAGCACCACUCGUGCUGAAGGUCAAGAGGGUUUCAUUCCCCCCAACAGCCGAGCACAGGAUUCUUCAUCUGUAAUCUCUUCAAUGUUGCACGCUUCGCCAAUUGCUGUCAACCCGACCGCCUACCUCGAAGCCCGAAACCACGGUUCUCGCACGAUAUACGGGCCCGAUUUCAACGACUACUCUGGCAGCCUGGAAGUGGACGAAGGAUACUGCGAAGAGGAAGAUGACUUUAGCUGGCUGGAGUCAGCUGUGUCGUUGAGGUCAGCUGGUAUGACAGCUGGAAUCACGAAGCGAUACGGACUCCGAUACAGAACAUCGGCCGAGGCAGCAAGUCGUUGCAGCAACGCGAUCCAUAGUCUGCCGAGAAUGCGACGCCGCGACAAGAGGAGGAGAAGACAGCCCAGGUCGACCGAAGCUUCCGCAGCAGAGAGCCUGGGCGCCAGCGCCUCCAAGAUGGUGGCGUCGGUGCAAUAA